CGCCAUUGUUGAAUCACAAAAAUUCGAGAAGUCCUAGUUUACAGAAAUUUGAGUUGUGUUGUCGAAUUUUAAAUUUCCAAUAUGAAUUUUUACGUUUCUUUCGCAUAGUCGUAUAAAAUGUAAUGAACUAGUUUCGACAAAAAUCAUCAGUAAUAAUGAUAAUAAAUUAAAACCUCCAUUUAAUUCUAUUUCGUACGAACUUUAUCGGUUAAAAUUCAUCCGAGCAUAUCGUUAUCAUGGGCGACAGUGACGACGAAUACGAUAAAAAAAUCCGAGAUAAGUUUCGCGGUGAAAGAGAUCGAGCUGAUUCUUACAAAGGUAUAGAUAGUCGAAGAGAAGAACGAAGACCGCCGCGUGAUGAUUGGAUGGAAAGAGAUGCUUGGAAUACGCGAUCUCGAGGUAGAGGAGAGUACCGGAGUAUGAUUCGCGAACGUCAUAGUCCGGUUAGACAUGAUCCUGGACCACCGAUGAAACGGAUGCGAGGCGACUGGGAGGAUAGACGAUUCUACGAUGCACCUAGUUACUCGUACCCAGCAUGGUUGACUGCAGAAUCCCAAGCAGCAGCUAAUGCCAGAGUUGCACCUGCUCCGAAUCCGCCGGUUGAGCCAAAUUUGGAAUCUCAGCCUCCGAUGAUGUCUUUGAAAGCAUUUAUUAACACUCUGGACGACAGUGUGAGCGAUGAAGAAGCGCUCAAGAAGUAUAACGAGUAUAAAAUGGAGUUCCGUAAACAACAACUUAAUGAAUUUUUCGUCGCUCAUAAAGACGAAGAAUGGUUUAAAGAGAAAUAUCAUCCGGUUUAUAGCGCCAAAAGGAAAGAACAGCAUUUGAGUAAUAUUAACAAACGUGUUGAUUCUUUCAACGAUAUGCUGAACAAGAGUCGAUUUGACGAUGUGUUGGUAGACGCUGAUCAAGCUGACAACCUUAUCAAGGUUAUGGAUAUGUUUGUUAUACUUCUAGAAGGAGGUAACGAAAACGAUUUCAAAAUUUUAGAAGCCAACGAAGGUGAAAUGAAACCUCCCAAACCCACCGAAACUAUCGAAAUUAAAAACGACGACGAGAAAAGCCAACCAUCUCCUGUAGAGAAUAAAAAACCCGAAGAAGAGGAAGCCACUUCUAAAAAAGACGAAGAAAUUGACGAUCAUACUGUGACAACUACUCAAGAAGACGACAAAGAAGAAAAAUCUAAAAAAGAAGGUGAAGAAGGAGAAGAAGAAGAAGAACCAGAAAAGACCGAAAAUGACGAAUCCGAAGAAGGAAAAGAUGGUGAAGCGAAAGCUCUCAGUGAAAAUGAAUCGAAACCGGAAGAACCUGAGCCCGAACCCGAACCUGAGCCGGUUGAAGUUCCUCCUCAGGAGAAGCCACCUCCACCUCGUCCUUUACAUAAAACAUCAUCGAUAUUUUUAAGAAAUUUGGCACCGUCGAUUACUAAAGAUGAAAUCGAACACAUCUGUAAAAAAUUCCCUGGAUUUUUACGAAUUGCCAUCGCCGAUCCUCAACCAGAACGAAGAUGGUUCCGUCGAGGUUGGAUUACUUUCUUAAGAGACGUUGAUAUUAGGGAAAUAUGCUGGCAUAUUUCGAACUUGAGGGAUAUCGAACUUAGUCCAAUUGUAAAUCGUGAUUUGACGAGAAGAGUACGCACCGUUAGUCCAAUUACUAAUAACAAACGUGUCAUUAGAAACGAUAUGAAAUUGUGUGCUAAAAUUAUCAGUAAUUUAGAUAAGAAAUUUGGAUUGUGGGUUGAUCCCGAGGCACCUCAAGAACAGUCGUACGGUUUACUUUCUAAGAACCCAGUGUUGAAAAAUAUUACCGCAUACUUAAUCGAAGAAGCUUCCGCAGAGGAAGAAGAGCUACUCGGACAAAACGAACCAACCGAAGAAGCCGAUGAGAAAGAUCUUGCUGUUUUUAAAGUUUUGGAUCGUAUGGUGUUAUAUUUACGUUUCGUUCAUUCGGUCGAUUACUAUAACCAUUGUGAGUAUCCAAACGAAGACGAAAUGCCGAAUAGGUGCGGUAUAAUCCACGCCAGAGUGACGUCAACCACCAAUAAGGUAACUGCGGACGAAGUCAGCGAAUAUUGUAAAGCAUUCCAAGGUAAAUUAGCCCACCUUAUAGAACCAACCCCCGAGUUGACCGUAGAAGAGAUCACCAAGUUAGGAAUGAAAGACCAGAAUGCCGAAGUUGACAAAUUCAUCGCGGCAAAUACUCAAGAAUUAGGGCCUCAAAAAUGGCUAUGUCCUUUAUCCGGUAAAAAAUUCAAAGGACCAGAGUUUGUUUUGAAACAUAUUCAGAAUAAACAUGCUGAGAAAAUCGAUGAAGUUCGUUUGGAGGUCGAGUAUUUUAAUAAUUUCCUACGUGAUCCGAAACGUCCUCAGUUACCGGAACAUCCGGGUAAUAAGCAAACUAAGCCGGAACCUGUUGUUACAAAUAGUGUUAUGGCUCAAGCCCAUCCUAAUCCUUAUCAGUAUAAUUUUGGAACCGGUAUGUUCACGGCUGGGUACAAUCGUGGCAUGAAUUACGGAUAUUCUAGAGGUCCCAGACCUAAUUACGGUGGAAGAGGACGCGGUGGCGGCGGCGGCGGCGGCGGAGGAGGAGGAGGUAUGGAUCAUCGCCCGAUCAUCCAUUACAGAGAUCUAGACGCCCCGAAGGAACCCGAUGAAUUCAUCUAAUCACACGCUGUAAAUUAUUACGAAGAAGUUUUUUAAUUUGUUUUCCCCACCCAAAUUAUCGACUUGUUUUAAUUUUAACUAAAAUUGCAUGCAGUUUGAAAUUGUAUUAUAAAUUCUAAAUGUCGUCGACAAGCUCUCCGAAUGCGUAUUAUUUUGUUGUAAAAAUAUUUUUUACGAAAGUAGUUGAUGAAUUACCAUCCUUCUCUUCAUAGGUUCGUUAAAGGCACCCAUGAUUCUUCUUCUAUCAUCGUGUAAAUAAUUUUUGUUUUUUAAUUAUUGAAAUAACGUGUAUUCAUGUUCGAGUAUUCUUACAGAAUGUUAUUUUCUCACGUAUAUGAUUGUAUAAACUUUGAUUAAAAUUGAGAAUUUUACGUAUGAGGUAUUUAAGAGUAGCGCUGUAUAUCGUAAUUUAGAGUAAAGUUUUCAGAUUUUGA